UCCAGAUAGUCACACAGUAUCAUACUGGUUUGAAUUGAACUUAUGAUUGACCUUUACUUUGAUUCGCUGCCAGAGACGUGCUGUGAAUUAUGGGAGAGUAAACAAGACACACAAACGUGCGUGAAAAAGCUUCUCCUCCUUUCUUACACUUCCCCACGUCCUCGGGAGAAGUGGCUGUGAGUUCUUUUUUUUCUACUUAGAUAACAUAAAAGUUACCUUCUAUAUGCCGUGUUAGUUCGUUUAUGUGCUGACUGACAUUAACAGUGAUUCAUUCUGGUGUUUCUGUGAUGCUAAUUUAUACUUCCGUGACAUGCUAGUGUCAGAUGUUACCAUACCUGCAAAUCGUUUGACGGCUAACGUUAGCAUUUAUUGGCUAGCUGCAUUGUAAGCACACAGUAACUUUGAUAUGCACAAGAGAGACAUGCUUUAAUGGUUAUUACAGUUUCACUCAUUCACCCAUCAUACACGAACACUGUCUGUCGGUAAAGGAUCAAGGUGCUCGCUUACUGACUCGUGAAAAUCUAGUUAGCUGGCAGUUAAAUCAAAAUUAACUGUGCCAAACACAAAACAAGAAGAAUACAGUGGGCACUCUUUUUUCCCACCCGAGGUGGAUGACGACCCGCCCCUACCUGCCUCUGAUUGGCUUAUCUCGAUAUUCGAACUCCAACUAUAACCAAUCAUGACUCUUCAUCCUUAACCCUAACACAAAACGAAAUGCCAGCCAGGGUUGGGGUGGGUCUCCACCCAUCUCGGGUGGGAAAAAAUCAGGCCUAAAGGGGGACUAAAGUGAGGUGUAAAGUGAUUGAUCCUCUGGGGAAAAUGAAUUAAUUUUACAACAGUCUAUUAGUUGUUGAAGUCUUUUGGUGCUUUUUAUUUUUUUUUAGCUUUCACUAUAGACUACACUCGUAUUCUUAUUCUUAUUAUCAUAAACAUUUGUUUGCAGCAUUCAUUUUACUAUUUCAAUUCUGCUGUAACCACAACUUUUCUCCCCACUGGUUUGCCCACACAUAGAUUUGUGGUUGUCAUGGCAACAGCAGAACUGCGCACUGCUGCUGUGUGUUUUGCACCCUGUGUGUGUGUGUUUUUUCUAUGUGUAUUGGCAGGGGGGAAGCCGAGCCUCUCCAUCACGCCCCCAGUCUCCAUCAGCGCUGCAGCUCAGGCAUGGGAGUCUUUGGGAGGAGGCGGGGCUUGUUUCGCUGCAGAGGGAUGCUCCGCAGCCCCAUGCUGGCCCAACCAGUCUGGAAAUCCCUGCUCACAGCUCUCCGACGCUCCAUCCUCUGCAGCUCUGACUCACUCAGCUCUCCUUUGCCCAUUCGAGUCAAGCUGAACCGCACAACCUGGGAAGAUGUCCUCCAACCUGCCCCCUGGGUCUGCAGCUGGGGCCACCGGGGCCAAAAACAAGCCACUCUCCCCCUUCAGGAAGCGGGGCAGCCUGCAGUACACAGCGAGCACAGUUGAUCUCCGUGGUCACCGCCACCUCCUCACUUCCCAGCAUUCCCUGCCUGGGAUCCCCGUGGCCUUGAAACAAUCCAUUGACCUGCGCACAUCCAUGGACGGGAAGUACAAGGAGAUUGCCGAAGAGCUGUUCUCCCGCAGCCUGGCAGAGAGUGAGAUGCGCAGCGCCCCCUAUGAAUUUCCUGAGGACAGCCCCAUCGAACAGCUGGAGGAGAGACGCCAUCGCCUCGAGCGGCAGAUCAGCCAAGAUGUCAAGUUUGAGCCUGACAUCCUCCUGCGAGCCAAACAGGAGUUCAUGAAGACUGACAGUGCCACUGAUCUCGAAUACAUGAAGGAGCAGAGCCAAGCUCCUGACCUCCAGGAGAGGGAGCUGGUCCCAGAGAGAGAGUACCAGAGAGUCACUAUUUCUGGAGAGGAGAAAUGUGGGGUUCCCUUCACAGAUCUGUUGGAUGCUGCCAAAUGUGUGGUGAAGGCUCUGUUCAUCAGACAGAAGUACAUGGGUCUGUCGCUGCAGAGCUUCUGCAGGACCACCUCUCGUUACCUGCAGGAGCUGAGUGAGAGGCCCCUGGACUUGGAUAUUUAUGAGGAAGAGAUCCCAGAGACAACAGUCACUGCAGAUGCCACAGUGCACCCACCUGUUUCUGAAACACACCCGUACGAGAACCAGGAUCCCGCCAGCAUGCCCCCUGACAUGGGUUACGGCUGCAAGAUGGUGGAUGGUGUCAUGCAUGUGUACACAACGAGGAGCAUUAUGGAAAAAAGCACUGAGCUGGACCUGCCGUAUCCAGACCUGCAGGAGUACAUCGCCGAUAUGAAUGUCAUGAUGGCCCUCAUUAUCAACGGCCCAGUAAAGUCCUUCUGCUACCGUCGUCUGCAGUAUCUUAGCUCCAAGUUCCAGAUGCACAUCCUGCUGAAUGAGAUGAAAGAGCUGGCAGCACAGAAGAAAGUCCCACAUCGAGACUUUUACAAUAUCCGUAAGGUUGACACACAUAUCCACGCCUCGUCCUGCAUGAACCAGAAACACCUCCUGCGCUUUAUCAAAAGGGCCAUGAAGAAGUAUCCUAAGGAGAUUGUUCACGUGGAAAGAGGAAAGGGACAAACACUCAUGGAGGUGUUUGAGAGCAUGAACCUGACGGCCUUUGACCUGAGUGUGGACACCCUGGACAUGCACGCCGACCGUAACACUUUCCACCGAUUCGAUAAGUUCAAUGCCAAAUACAACCCCAUCGGCGAGUCCAUCCUGAGAGAGAUCUUCAUCAAAACAGACAACCACAUCGAGGGGAAAUACUUUGGUCACAUCAUUAAGGAGGUGAUGGCUGACCUGGAGGAGAGCAAGUACCAGAACGUGGAGCUCAGGCUGUCGAUCUACGGCCGCUCCAGAGACGAGUGGGACAAACUGGCCAGGUGGGCCGUCAAACAUCAGGUCUACUCCAACAACGUCCGCUGGCUCGUACAGGUGCCACGACUCUUUGACGUCUACCACACAAAGAAACAACUGUAUAACUUUCAGGAGAUGCUGGAGAAUAUCUUCAUGCCUCUGUUCGAGGUUACAGUCGACCCCGGCAGCCAUCCACAGCUGCACCUCUUCCUUCAGCAUAUUGUGGGUUUUGACAGUGUGGACGACGAGUCAAAACCAGAGCAACAUAUCUUCAAUCUGGACAGUCCGCUGCCAGUCAACUGGACAGAGGAGGACAACCCGCCCUAUUCCUACUACCUCUACUAUAUGUAUGCAAACAUGACUGUGCUGAAUCACCUGCGCAGGCAGCGGGGGUUUAACACGUUUGUCCUACGCCCUCACUGCGGGGAGGCGGGGCCAAUCCAUCACCUGGUGUCUGGGUUCAUGCUGUCAGAGAACAUCUCCCAUGGGCUGCUGCUCAGGAAGGCUCCUGUGCUGCAGUAUCUGUACUACCUGGCUCAGAUUGGCAUCGCCAUGUCCCCACUCAGCAAUAACAGCCUGUUCCUUAGCUACCAUCGUAACCCUCUGCCAGAAUACCUGUCCAGAGGCCUCAUGGUCUCUCUGUCCACAGAUGACCCUCUGCAGUUUCACUUCACCAAGGAGCCCUUGAUGGAGGAAUACAGCAUUGCUGCUCAGGUGUGGAAGCUGAGCUCCUGUGAUAUGUGUGAGCUGGCCAGAAACAGUGUGCUGAUGAGCGGAUUCUCUCAUAAGAUGAAGAGCUACUGGCUUGGUCCAAACUACAUCAAAGAGGGGCAGGAGAGCAACGACAUCAGACGCACCAACGUCCCAGACAUCCGGGUGGCAUACCGGUAUGAGACCAUGUGUGAGGAGUUGAAUUUAAUCACACAGGCCAUCCGCACGGACGAGCUGGAGACCAUCGAGGAGGAGGGCAGUCUGUGCAUGGGAGCUGUGCAGGCAGAGAAGUGAACAUGCAGCACAACACAAACAAAAUUCUCACUACAUUCCCUCUUCUCACAUCAGGACUUUGUACAGAUUUGCAUAUCAACAUAUCACACCUGUGAAAAUGGAAGAGCUUUGUUAUAAGACUGUGAGAGUUGCUACUGUGGCAAUAUGGGAGAGGACCUAAAAUCUGUUUACCUAAGGUGUUUACUUCCUUUAGUUUCUUUGAGUCAUUCUUUGUUCAAUUUGUCGUGGUGAUUUCAAAAUGUCUCUUGAUCUAUUUAUUUUAAAAUUAUGAUAUUUUCAUGGUUUGCGACCACAUUUUGUCAGCGUCUCUGUACAAAGUCUGCAUUUCCUUUAGUUUAGCCUUGAACAAUAUUUACAUUAUUUAACCCCAUUAAUAAAACCUACAAACUGGAUGCAACACUCUGAUUAAAAUAAGACAAUUGGGAUUAAUUUUCAAAGUAAAAAGCCUCUAACUACGUACAGGGUUGUAACUAACAUGGAGAUUACUGAGGUCAUGUUUGUGCAAACUGUUGGUUUUAGUGACCUUGGGGAGUUUACAGUCUACAAUUAAAAACAAAGACAUGGUGAGUACUUUUGUUUGCUGAUUCCAGGAUUCAUAAACUUCACAUAUUUACAUCUGGCAGCUUUUAAUCCUUCAUAAUAAAGAAAUGUGGAGUGUAGAGAGAGCUCUGAGACAGCAUUCAGACAUUUAUUUAGGGAGAUAAAACAGUAACACUUUCUAUUAGUUCCUGACAAGUCUCCUGGAAAGAACUAUAUACCCUAGUAUUAUUUAUAGGGAAAAUAGAAACAAAGUGUUGACAUUUAUUAUUUUAGUUUGAGAUGAUUUGUUGGUUACCAGGAGGUGACAGCACCAGCUGUUCUUCAGUUCAAACUUUGCCUACCUAUAACAUAAGUAUUUACUAAAAUUUAUUCAGGACUAAAAUAAAACAGAUUAUACACGCAAACUGGUUCUUACAUAGAGAUUAGUUGUUACUAAACACAGACAAUCAAGUGACAAACUGACAAAGCUAAUAUUUAGAUAUUUUUCAGUCAUUCUGAACUGUCUGACACACACAUUUACAAAGGACUGGCACUUUUUAAAAUAUUGUUGGGCCUAUUAUAUUACAACAGUCACGUACGAUCUUUCCCACUCACUACAUAAGUCUUUGCUUUAAGUUUUAAUGUUGCAACCCGACUUAAUAAAUCACAAGUUCAAAAGAAUCUAGUUGUAACUCAGAAUUCAGGAACUUAUUGUGCAAAUUUAGUGAUGGAUUGACAACCCAGCCCAGAGGAAUUUCCUUGAAAGAUCUUCUCCAUUUAAAUAUGUUUUGAAAAUAUAAAUAAACAGCUAAUUGAAUAAAUAAAGUGCAAACAAUACAAAUAAUAAAUAACUAUUUUGGUGUUGAGGGGAGUGGUGGGUGAGCUGGACUUCGACUGGUUGACCUCAGUAUUUUUUCCAGUCCUGGCUACGGCCCUGACUACUUAGAAAAUCAUAGACGUGAUGCAAAAACCUUUAAAGAAUAUUCAUGGUCAAUUUAGUCUAGUGUUUCUAGAAAAAUUUGAAACACUACAUUAAUUUUUGUUUAGUACCGUUGCCAUUUUCUACUGUAAUCAUCCAUAGGACAAUACCUCAUGCUGUAUAACUGGCAGAAAGCUCCACAUUUUCAGUAUUCCUGUUACUGGUAAUGAUUAACAAUUAAUUAAUUAACAAUGUAUUUUCUCCAGCUGCUCCUUGUGAUAUUCUUGCUGGUUUUUUUUAGAGUCUUUACAGUGAAUCAGUAGAGUUGCAUGAAGGCACGUCAAUAUUUUGUCUCUGGUGUGCAGUAAUGCUACUCCUUUGUGGCAUCUUAUUAUACUAACUCUUACUUUGUGACUUUGUUUCUACAAACAGUCUUAACUGUAACUCUGGUCUGAUACCAACUGUCCUUUAUCUCUGAAUCAUAGUCCAGUGAAUGGUGCAUGAUGAUUUGUUCCUUCAGUUUUCACUCCUCAAACAAGCUCAACCAGUGCCAAAACCAUGAAUAAACCAUUUUUUAGAGAACUUGAGAACUGUUUUUAAACUCCUGCCUUCAGUUUGGGUGUUAUAGUAGGGCUACUUGUUGCUAUUCAAAACACCACAUGUCCCCCCAGAGAAUUGUAUGUGCUGUUUGUGAAAUAUUAUUUAAUGACAUUUGUGUCUAUGAAGAAUAAAUGUUGUUCACAUUGGA